AUGAUUAAAGAGCAAUUAGAAAGCAUUUUCAGGGAUGUUUUGGACCAAGAGCUUAAUGCAGAAGAGGGAUAUAAACAAAAAGUCUGCCACCACAAGAAAAACAGGCAGUGUGCUGAGCUGCGUAAAGCGCGGUCGCGCGUGGCGGCCAAGGGGAGGAGGGAGAAAGAGAACCUACUGUUUAGGGAGUUGGCCACUCUGCUACCACUUGCCCCAAAUCUAGAGGCCCAAUUGGACAAAGCCUCCAUCAUAAGGCUAACGAUUGCUUACCUUCGCCUCAGGGGUCUUCUAGACCCUGUACACCUGACAGUGUCAGACAGGGACACCCCAUCAGGAAGUUCAUGUGAUGAGGUGUUGUUAGAUUCUGCUCUUGGCGGUUUCCUGCUCCUAGUUUCUCUGAACGGCCAGGUCAUCUUCACCACUAAGGAGGUGAUCACACACACCGGAAUAAAUCAGAUGGAUCUUAUUGGUCAGAGGUUUUUUGAUUUUGUGCAUCCAUGUGACCACACAGAGAUCAAAUCUAUUCUAUCGAGGUUCACUGGUUCGCAGGGCCAGCAGGAGUGUGAGGUUUUUCUCCGAAUUAAGAACGCUAACAACCAGAAGCUCACUCCCUUCAAGGUUAUACACUGUACUGGAGUGUUAAAGUCAUCUCCUACACCAGGGUCUAGCUGCCUGGUUCUUCUGUGCAGGCCUCUGCCUGUACAAGAGGUCAUUGAGAUGGAUACUGAUCUGAAUGCCAAGACAUACCUAAGCAUACACAGCCCAGAUAUGAGAUUCACCUACUGCCAUUCAGGAGUCUUAGAGUUGACUGGUUUCACUGACAGAGAGCUGUUUGGCCAGUCAGUUUACCAGUAUUGUCACACAGCUGACUGUCUCCACAUCUUCAAGUCACAUCUUUCCAUGUUUUCUAAAGGUCAGGCUUCCACUGGGAGAUAUCGAUUGCUACUCAAACAUGGAGGCUAUGUGUGGGCUGAGACAGACGCAUCUGUGGUGUUCAAUAGUUUCACAGGGAAACCAGAAAAAGUUGUCUGCAUCAACUAUAUUCUGAGUGGCGUGGAGCAGUCAGGGAUGUUGUUUUCUCUGGACCAGACAGAGUGUCUGCUGAAGACCCAUGACUCCCUCUCCCCUGAAACACAGUCACUGUCAGCUCCAACAUCAGCUGCAGCUCUGCAGACUGACACAAACCAGUCAACCACCUACAGAGCGCACCACCAAAACAGUCAAUUUACAAGUCCAUUACAAGUGAGGAUAAACGAGAGCCCCGAAGACAUCACUGAAGGGCCACUAGAGUGCACACUGUCAGACUGUGACCGACAUGAAACAGAUCUGGAUGCUCUGGCUCCAUACAUCCCCAUGCAUGGAGAGGAUUUUCUGCUUAGUGCCUCUGUAGAACAGUCAGAAUUAGGCACAUGCUGGCCAUGCCUUAAUUCUCCAGCUGAGCUCAAGACUUAUCUAGGAUCAGUGCCUACAUUCACAAACUGUCAUCUGCAUACUCAGCACCUUGUCAACAGUCUUCAUUCAACACACCGGCAUAGCGUGGAGUCUGGCACUGAGUUGAUGAGACCAUGGAGUGACACUCUUUCAACAAAGUCACAGGCAGAAUAUGACAGCCAAAAUGGGCCUGUUCAACCCAUGACUCAUCAGCUGGGGAGAGUCAUACCAAAGGUCUCCAAAGAUCUCAGCAGAACUCAGCAGGGAAACUGUGAUGGAUCAGUGUACUCUUGCCCUUGGAGUUUGCCAGGACCAGUAUCACAGUCCACAAAACCCAGAGACUCUCAACGGUACACUCCAACAACCACCAGGGAGUGUACUAAACAAGAAUUUCUAGGGAAAAGUCCCCAUGUUCUUCUCACCCUUCCUGUGUUAAGUGGGUGGGAAUGUGAAGUCAAUGCUCCUCUUGGGUCUACCUCUUACCUGCUAAAUGGGACUGAGAUAACUUCUGUUCUGGACCAAGCUGCGUCCAGAGUGCCCUGGUAAUGAUAUUAACACACCACAGAGGAAAACAAGAGAAAAAAAUGCAUUGUUCAACCAUGCAUUGAUUAUCUGUUUUAUUGUCCAUGUUGUAGCCAGAAGCAGUUGUAUGAAGGUGACCAUACAAUCAAGGUGUUUGAAUGUUCACAUAUUUUGCUUUACAUGUGUGGAUUUGAAUCCCAUUCUAGU